AUGUGCAACCGAGUGCCAUAUCCACCUCUGUUCGUGUUCUGUAUUGCCAUCAUCUUUAUCAUAAACAUCAUCUUAUAUCAGUACAACGAUGAGACAUCUUCCACACCUAAACUCUUCACAAGUCGGUACUCGUCGCGCACAGUUCCAUCGCAAGUUGCGCUACAAAAAUCGACUCCUCCCGGUGAUAUGGGAUUGCCUGUGCAAUUCAACCAAUCCGACCCACGUGUAGCUGCAGAGCUCAAACGAUCAUUGGUCCAACAAGGACUCAAUGAGCAUGCUUCGGAUCUGGUGUCGGUGAGGCGUCGAUUGCCUGAUCUGCGAGAUCCUUGGUGUCGUGAUACCAAGACUAACCGCUUAUCGUCAGAGAGUCUACCUGCCACAUCCAUCGUGAUCGUGUUCCACAAUGAAGUAUGGUCAGUGUUGGUCCGCACAGUGCACUCUGUUUUAGACCGAUCACCUGCGCGCUUGAUUAAGGAGAUCAUACUAGUGGACGAUUGCUCCAAUCUCCCUUUUCUAAAGACUCAACUAGAAGAGUAUUUCGAUGCGUACCCGGUGGUAAGGUUCAUUCGUUCCAAGGAGCGGCUCGGAUUGAUACGGGCCCGUAUGGUGGGGGCCAAGAAUGCUUCUUCAGAUAUUGUGACCUUCUUGGAUGCGCAUGUAGAGUGUAUGGAAGGUUGGCUUGAGCCGCUCCUCGAAGUGGUUGUCCGUAAUUCUACGCACAUAGCUCUCCCGACGAUCGACCGCAUCAACGAGCGGGACAUGAGCCUGCGUACAAACAUCUCGCUGCUACUUGCAGGUGCCUUCGAGUGGGAUCUUAACUUCGGUUGGUGCGAAAGGAAGCAACUGCACCGGAAGUAUGCGCAUCCGUACGAACCGUUCGAUACACCUGCCAUGGCGGGAGGAUUGUUCACCAUCAAUAGAACGUUCUUCGAGCGGAUCGGGUGGUACGAUGAGCACUACAUUCUAUACGGCAUGGAGAAUAUUGAGCUGUCAAUCAAGAGCUGGAUGUGUGGAGGAAAACUACUCACUGUGCCGUGCUCCCGGGUGGGACACGUACAAAAGCACUCGCAUCCUUAUCUGUUCACUGUGAAGAAGGAUUUAGCGUUCCACAAUUCGGCCCGGUUAGCGGAGGUGUGGAUGGAUGAGUACAAGCAGGUGGUGUUUGACGUGAACGGAUACCCUCGUUAUUCGGAAGCCCUGUUCGGGUCGGUUGAGGCACGGAAGCGCGUAAGGGAACGGGCCAAGUGUAAACCCUUUCGCCAUUAUCUUAAGCGUGCGUUUCCGGAACUUCACAAACCAUCCAUCCAGGGACAGUUUCGUGGAGAUGUACGAAAUCUAGUGCUGGGAGUUGGGUCGUGUCUGACGGUGGAUAAAAAGGGUACCGCUCCAUACAUGGCACCCUGUAAUGGGCUUCAAACGACACAGUAUUGGAGUCAUAGCUACUAUCAGGACAUCAACUCCUACAAGGCAUGUCUCGAUUUCAAUGGGUCCACUCUCACCACCACUAUAUGCCAUCGACAUCGGGGCAAUCAAAGUUGGAUGUAUGUGAGUGAAACGAAACAAAUUGUUAGCAUACCGCACAACAGAUGCUUAGCGAUCAGUGAACAUUCCAACUUCACGUUGACAUUAGCAAAAUGUGACGCCACAAAGGAGAAGCAAAGCUGGUCGGUUAAUCUCGUUACGUACAGCUUCGUAAAUUGA